CCCCCAGGAUCUCUCAUUGCCAUUGUACUAAAGAUUUCCUUCUGUCUGACGGAUACUGGGAUCCUUGUACCAACACACUUCCAUCGUCUUUUUCACUGUGGUUUGAGAAGUCGUGUGCCGAUUCCUGUUGCAUCUGGCAUUUCUUCCCUGGUGUCCUUUCAAGAAUAACUCAAGUUACCUUUACUGGAAGUCAGUUUGCUGGAAGUACUGAAACUGCAGUUCUUAAAGUUGAAGAAAAGGAGGUUCAGUGCCUUGACCAGAGGAGCGUGGCCCUUCCUUCCAAAGCCUCUCCAGAAGCACCCUCCCAGCUUUGCCCAGGAAAGAUGCGGCAGCUCAAAGGCAAGCCCAAGAAGGAGACGUCCAAGGACAAGAAGGAGCGGAAGCAGGCCAUGCAGGAGGCCCGGCAACAGAUCACCACGGUGGUGCUGCCCACGCUGGCCGUGGUUGUGCUCCUGAUCGUGGUGUUCGUGUACGUGGCCACGCGUCCCACCAUCACCGAGUGAGCGCGUGGGGUGAACUCCCCCAGCAGGGAGCCGAAGCCCGGGAGGGGGAAAGCGAAAGAGAAAUGGCUUUGGUAUGCAGAGAUUUUCCUGAUGCUGAGCUCCAAGCUGGAGCUCCCUGUCUUCUCUGGUCUUUGACUUGAUUAAAGUUUCUCCAAUUUCCCUGGGAGGGAAUAGGGAACGUUUUAUCAAUGAACGUGCCAUACACCUUAUGGUCCACUUCAUGUGCCUUUCAGACUUCAAAGCAGUGUGUGUGUGUGUGUGUGUGUGUGUGUGUGUGUGUGUGUUUCUUUCUCGCUCCUAAAAUCGGUAGGUAGCUCAACCUGGUGAGAGGAGGAAUCUUCUGGGUCAUGAAUCAGUUGGAAUCAGUGCUUACCCCAUCCCCAUUGUUUAGAACAUGACUCUUUGCCUACACGUGUUCACAAUUUCCAAAGGGACUGUAUUUCUUCUCUGUGCUUAAUGUGAUUUGAAAUAUGUCGACUCAAAAGUGAAAUAUUUAUUUUUUGAAUAAAGGAGAUAAUAGC